UUUCGUUUUGUCCGACCGCACAGUUCACAUACGUUCUGACAAAGUGAGGCGAUUCGUUAUUGAUUUGUGUUAUAAGUGCGUGCAGACCUUUCACUGUUACCUGAUAAUCAUACUAAAUUACUGUACAAGCUAAGCGACAUAAAGGAGAGAUGGAGGUGGCUGUAAAAGGGAGGGCCAAGAGGAAGCAUUUGAAUGCAGAAGACCUGGAAAAAAGUGAAGUGGUCCUUGAAGCCCUCACCAACCCCCCAAACAUCAGCAGAAGCCGGAGCAACCCUUCCAAACGAAACACAAGGACGACUAUUAAGAGACGGAAAUGUGCAUUAGUCACCUCCACAUGCACAGAAGGACUUCAUGGAGAGCGUGCACCCCAAGACGAGGACAGUUCGGAUGAGGACGAUGAGGACUUGUUGCCCUCAGGCCUCGAGAGGGAGGAGGAGCCUGAAAACAAGGACAUCGACUACUUUGACGGAAUAACGGCCGAGAUGUUCGAAGACGAGUUCGACGGCUCUGAGAAGAUGGUGCACGAAGAGCCGGCGGUGGAGGCCCUGCCCGAUGCCACCUACGGGCUCCUGGGCAGCAGUAAGGAGCUGCUGCAACCUCGGGGCCACAUUGACGACCUCCCGGAGGAGGUGCUGAGGCAGAUCCUCAGCCUCCUCCCUGCUCGAGACAUGUACAGGAGCGCCGGACUCGUGUGCCAUCGCUGGCGCAACAUGAUUGAGGAUGCCAAGUCGACUGGCGUGUCACUGUGCAAGAGGUGCGUGGGGACUCGCGUGGGCCCGAUCGCGCUCCUCAUGACCGACAGCGUGUUUUCCAUGGUUGAAGUUCCAGAUAGUUGCAUCCGGCCCAUCUCACCCUAUUAAUAUUCAUUAUUUUUUCUGUAACAGAAAUGGGCUUAUCAUUUUAAAUGAAGCACCUUUGCUGUUGUUAAUGGAGAACGUUUUAAACAAAAGCCCUGGUUUGAAGAAAAUUCUAAUUUUUUUUUCAGAUUUGAGGUGAAUAAAUGAAAGGAAAAAC